GCUCGUGCAGCGCGCGGCGGCUCCGCAGGAAUAACCACAGCAAUGGAUGAUUACACAAAAAUAGAGAAGAUUGGGGAAGGUACCUAUGGUGUUGUGUAUAAAGGUCGUCACAAAACCACAGGCCAGGUGGUUGCAAUGAAGAAAAUACGUCUAGAAAGUGAGGAGGAAGGUGUUCCAAGUACUGCUAUCCGAGAAAUUUCUUUAUUAAAAGAGCUGAAUCAUCCCAAUAUAGUCUGUCUUCAGGAUGUUCUUAUGCAGGAUUCAAGACUGUACCUUGUCUUUGAAUUCCUUUCCAUGGAUCUGAAGAAGUAUUUGGAUAGUAUUCCAUCUGGCCAAUAUUUGGAGCGUUCACGUGUUAAGAGUUACUUGUACCAAAUCUUGCAAGGUAUUGUCUUUUGCCACUCAAGGAGAGUUCUGCACAGAGACUUGAAACCUCAGAAUCUCUUAAUAGAUGACAAAGGAGUGAUUAAACUGGCGGACUUUGGAUUGGCUCGAGCCUUUGGAAUUCCAGUGCGGGUCUACACUCAUGAAGUAGUGACACUGUGGUACCGGUCUCCAGAGGUGUUGCUGGGAUCUGUUCGUUACUCUACUCCCGUAGAUAUAUGGAGCAUAGGUACCAUAUUUGCUGAGCUGGCAACUAAAAAGCCACUUUUCCAUGGGGAUUCAGAGAUUGACCAGAUCUUCAGAAUCUUCAGAGCUCUAGGGACCCCCAACAAUGAGGUGUGGCCUGAUGUGGAAUCCCUGCAGGACUAUAAGAACACAUUCCCAAAAUGGAAACCUGUCAGUCUUGAAACACAUGUCAAAAACUUGGAUAAAGAUGGACUUGAUCUGCUGGCUAAAAUGUUAAUUUAUGAUCCUGCAAAAAGAAUUUCUGGCAAAAUGGCCUUGAACCAUCCAUAUUUUGAUGACUUGGACAAAUCCACUCUUCCUGCUAGUCUGAUUAAGAAAUAACAGACCUUUGGACUAAAUCAUCCACAGUGGAAUAAUUGUGAUUACUUUCACUCCUAAGUCUGUAAUCUUUGUCUGUCUUUCUGGUCUGAAACUGUGGCUGUAUUCAGUUUGUUUUGUUAUAAGUGUUAUCUAAAUGUAAAUAUUAACCUUUUAGUGCUGAGUUGAAAUACAAUGAAGAUAUCACUGCAAUUAAUGCAGUUAUCUUUCUAUAAAUAAAGCUUUAAACCCAGUGAAGGACUGAACUUAUUUCCAGACUACGGUUGCUCUGCAAGGACUCUUGUUUUCUUUGGAAUGCACUCUUAAGGUUCCACUUGGCUAAGAAAAGCUGCUAAGACUACACUGUUCAAGGAUAGGAAAUUCUUGUCAAGUUUGAGUUGUUUCUGUGUGAUGUCAGCUCCAGUUUGACCUGAGUAUGGCAAUUGAUGUGCCAAGAGAA